GUGGAUGUCGUAGAACAUGAAUGUUUUGGGGACCCCAACAAAACCAAGCAAUGGGGUGGCCAGAUCGGACAGCAAGAUCAGUGCCAAGACCCUGUUCGUUUUUCUGUUCGUGUACUUGAAACGUCUUGCUUAAGUGAUCUAGACGGUCCUUACACCAAAAUGUGGCACUAUUCAGAGCAACGAAAGAAGUACUCAAACUCGAAUGUCAUCAUGCAAGAGACUUCGCAGUACCAUGUGCAGCAUCUCUCUACGUUCAUCAUGGAUAAAACCGAGUCCAUCGCUACGGUAGACGAUGCCAUUAAGAAGCUAAAACUCCUGGACUCCAAAGACAAAAUAUGGACACAGGAAAUGCUGCUGCAGGUGACGGACAAAUCCAUCAAACUCCUGGAUUGCGAGACCAAGGAAGAGCUUGAAAACUUUCCUCUGGCCACAGUUCAUCACUGUCAGACGCUGUUGAACCAGACAAGAUACCCUUCUGUCCUUUUGCUCAUCUGUCAGGACAACGAACAACACAAACCAGACAUUCACUUCUUCUACUGUGACGAAGUGGAGGCCGAGAUGGUGCACGCUGACAUUGAUAGCGCUCUGGGAGACAAUGCACGUGGCAAGAAGAUGCGACCGCAGACGCUAAAUUUUCUCCCCCCUGCUGUACCGGACCCGUACCGAACCGUGACUACAAUACCGAGGUUGAACCAAGAAAAGAUGAAACGCCAACGGGAGACCAUCAUCCCGGCCUCUGAGACUAGAAGUCCUGGCCCUGGGGUCAAAGGUCGAGUAGCAGCUACGGACAUGAAAGAUGAGCUGUCGAUGCAGGACCCCGAGUCCAAUAUGAAACUGGCCCAGCGGAUCGAGAAGGACGUGCAAAUCCUGAACUGCGCUUUAGACGACAUCGAGAUCUUCGUGGCGCGUCUUAAUAAAGCGGCAGAGGCUUUCACACAACUCAACCAGCGCAACAGGAGCAAGAAAAACAAAAAGAGAGGACCAGCAGAGGGAAUGCUAACUCUACGAGCCAAGCCUCCAUCAGAAGGAGAGUUUGUCGACUGUCUUCAGAAGCUGAAACUCUCUUUCAAUCUUCUGGCCAAACUGAAGAAACACAUUCAGAACCCCAACGCUUCAGAGCUCGUACACUUCCUGUUUGGACCUUUGGAAAUGAUACUGCAGAGUUGUGGCACUCCUGAGCUGCCGCGUGCGGUCAUCUCUCCUCACCUGUCGCGGGACACAGUGGACUUCCUGAGAGGACACCUGACUCCUAAAGAGAUGACCAUCUUUGAGCUGCUGGGAGACGGUUGGACGAGGCCCAGAGCUGAUUGGCCGAAAGAUCAGUGCGCUCCUCUGUAUGUCCCAAAGUUCCGGAAUGGCUGGGAGCCGCCAGUGGAACUCUUCCGUACGUCACCAUGGGAGACGGAGAGCGCUGGUGUUCCAGCGCAGUCAGAAUACAGGCCAAAAGAGUUCUUUGGAUCACAGUCGUCACUCUCUUCAAACGGCUCUUUCUCUGCGCCUCCUGCUCCUCGGAAAUACGCAAAGAUCCGCUACCACUUUGUGGCACGUAAUGCCAACGAGCUGUCAGUGCUACAGGACGAAAUUCUGGAGGUGUUGGAGGAUGACAAGCAGUGGUGGAAGUUGAGGAACAGAAGCGGUCAGGCGGGAUAUGUGCCCUAUAAUAUGCUGGAUGUGGUCAAGCUCGAGGACCCUCAAGUCUCAUACCGAGGACAGUCGCCCUCCGGCUCAAUGGGCAGUGACAAAGACGGUCACACUCAUCAGAUGGAUAAAGUGAACGAUGAGCUGCUCAUGUUGAUCACUGGGAAUAAGAUGAAUCAGCCCACGAGAAACUUCAAGGUGGUGCGUCAGUCGGCCGUCCCGCUGACCUUUGACUCCGGCCCAGCAGAGGUCACCACCUGGCUCAAUGCCAAGGGCUUCUCCAAACCGACGGUGGAUCGUCUGGGAAUCCUGACAGGUGCUCAGCUCUUCUCUCUGAAUAAAGAUCAUCUGAAGGCCGUGUGUGGAGACGAGGGCUCUCGCGUCUACAGCCAGAUCACCGUCCAGAAGGCACAACUAGAGAAGAGUCGAGGAGAUUCCGAACUGCAGGAAAUUAUGAGGAAACAGCAAGAGAAAAUUGAGUCUGCCCCAUGAACUGUCAAUCAAACUGUCACCUGGCAACAGUACCUGUCAAGCAAACCCACCAAUGAACUUAGAUGACGUAGAUUCUGCCACACCGUCGACCAAACGUCUAAUUCAAUAUAUUUUUUAAUUGUAUAUUUAUUGUUGGUGCUUUUUGUUAUUAGUGUAUGUACGGACCUUAUCGUAAUUUAUGCAUGUUCAUGCUGGAACACACUUGUAAGCUUAUAAGACUCUUUAUUGCAUGAAAACAAUGUAUCGCUGAAUCUCACAAAAACAUGUACAGGUCACACCUCAACAACUAGAAUAAUGACAUUAAAAAAAAAAAAAAAACAUUAGGACGUUUUUUUGGGUUAUUCUGCAUUUGAAUUUUUCAUUCUCAGUUACAAUUUCUGACCUCAAAAUCAAAAGAAAAAGAAAAUUAUGAAAAAAAACCAAACAUUAGGAACAUUCACUUUUUUUUGUUAUUUUGCAUUUUCAUUACAUUUUAACUUCAAUUUCUUAAAGUAAUGCAGAUUUUUUUCUUCAUAAUUUUCAUUCUCAAUUAUUCACACCUCAAAAUCAAAAUCAAAAAUAAAAUUAUAAAAAAACCAUUAGAACUAUUAACUUUUUUCUGGAUUUUCAUGGCAUUUUAAUUUCAAUUUUUCAAAGUAAUGCAGAUUUUUUUUUUCAUAACUUUCAUUCUCAAUUAAAAAUGAGAUUAUGAAGAAAAAAAACCUUAGGAACAAUAACUUUUCUUUGGUUAUUUUGCAUUUUCAUGACAUUUUAACUUAAAUUUCUCAAAUAUCCCUCAUAAUUUUCAUUCUCAAUUAUUCACACUUCAACAAAAAAACUAAAACAAAAAAACAUUAGUAACAUUAACUUUUUGGGUUAUUUUGCAUUUUCAUGGCAUUUUAGCUUCAAUUUCUCAUUUUUUUCCCCUCAUUAAUUUUCAUUUUCUAUUCACAACUUAAAACCAAAAUCAAAAUAAAAUUAUGAAAAAAAAAAAAAAACAUUAGAACCAUUAACUUUUUUUAUGCAUUUUCAUCAAUUUCUCAAAGUAAUGUAGAUACAUAUAUAUAUACGGAAGAGGAUUAGGGCCAAGCAAUAAUAAAAAAAAAAAAC